AAACAUGUUCCUGUCAGCUUUGGUAGUUGUUGUAACAACAAGCUUGGUCCUUGUGCAAUGUCAUGAUUGUAAAGAUUAUGACUUAUCGGCAUCUGACCAGUCUUUUCUAAUGAAGCAUUAUCUUCGUACAACUAGAAAAGAGGAAGGCAUUUCAACAGGAAAGCCGGUUGCUUCAGGUGUAACAUAUAUACGUUGGGGUAAGAAAGGAUGUCCGAAAGGAGUAGAUAUGGUUUAUACAGGGCAGGUUGGCGGAAAUGACUAUAGAAACAAAGCUGGAGGUGUCAACUAUCUAUGUCUACCAAAUGACCCGGAAAAUGGAGAGUCACAAAAAACUGAAAACGACCAAUUAUAUGGUGCGGAAUAUGAGUUUGGUUCAUCAUACAAACCAUCAGGAAUGAAAUCGGAUAUGCAACAAAAAGACGUACCAUGCGCUGUUUGUUUCCAAAGAAGAAGAUCUGUUCAUCUGAUGAUUCCAGGUAGAAAAACAUGCUACAAAGGCUGGACAUCCGAGUAUAGUGGUUUUCUAAUGACGGAUUAUAGGACUCACAGCAGUAAGGAUUAUUUAUGUGUUGACAAAGAUGCCGAACCUCUUGACAAUAAAAAUGGAAAUGAAAAUGGGGCAGUAUUGUAUGGAAUCAGAACCAAAUGUGGUAGUUUGAGGUGUCCUCCAUACAAAGAUGCUACAGAUGUACGAUGCGUUGUUUGUACAAAGUGA